AUGAUUUUCUCAGUCUUUGCGCCCCUCCUUCUCCUUCCGUUUGCCACCGCUGCCGGUGUGCACAAGCUCAAGCUCCAUAAGAUUCAGCGUGAAAAUGCUAAUCCAUACUUGGAGACCGCUUAUUUGUCCGAGAAGUAUGGUGGCGAUUCUCAACUGCCGUUGAUGGGUGCAGGUGGCGCAGGUCGUCAGCUUAGAUUGGCCAGACCUUCGGUUAACGAGGAAGGUGAAAAUCUCCUUUGGACGCAGGAGAUGAUCAAUGGUGGUCAUAAUGUCCCGCUCACCAACUUCAUGAACGCACAAUACUUCACGACCAUUACCCUCGGUACCCCUCCUCAGGAAUUCAAGGUCAUCCUGGACACGGGUAGCUCGAAUCUGUGGGUCCCAAGUACCAAGUGCACUUCAAUUGCAUGUUUCCUGCAUGCGAAGUACGAUUCUUCUGCUUCGUCGACCCACAAGAAGAACGGUACUUCGUUCAAGAUCGAAUACGGCUCUGGUUCCAUGGAAGGUUUCGUCUCAAAUGAUGUGCUAAGUAUUGGCGACCUCAAGAUCCAUGACCAGGACUUCGCGGAAGCAACGAAGGAGCCAGGUUUAGCAUUUGCGUUCGGAAAGUUCGACGGCAUCCUUGGUCUUGGCUAUGACACCAUCUCCGUGAACCACAUUACACCACCGUUCUACAGUAUGGUCAAUAAGGGCUUGCUCGAUGCCCCCGUCUUCUCUUUCCGCCUCGGCUCUUCAGAGGAAGAUGGUGGUGAGGCGGUCUUCGGCGGCAUUGAUGAGUCUGCAUACUCGGGCAAGAUUAACUAUGCUCCUGUCCGUCGCAAGGCGUAUUGGGAGGUUGAGCUUCCUAAGGUUGCGUUUGGUGACGACGUGCUGGAACUUGAGAACACCGGUGCGGCAAUCGACACCGGCACUUCUCUUAUCGCCUUGCCCUCGGAUGUCGCAGAGAUGCUGAAUGCCCAGAUCGGUGCGACAAAGUCCUGGAACGGGCAAUACACAGUUGACUGCAAGAAAGUCCCCGACCUUCCCGAUUUCACUCUCUGGUUCAAUGGACAGGCAUAUCCUCUCAAGGGAAGUGACUAUAUACUUGAGGUUCAGGGAACGUGUAUAAGCUCUUUCACUGGGCUGGACAUCAACGUUCCUGGCGGAUCGCUCUGGAUCAUUGGCGAUGUCUUCCUCCGCCGCUAUUUCACAGUAUACGACCAUGGAAGGGAUGCUGUCGGUUUUGCGAACUCGAAUUGA